AUGGGUGAAGAAUGGGCCGCCAACGCCCUCGCGAAGAAGAACGCGCAGACCGCUGCCAUUCCUGAGGAGUGGGUGAUCACUCCCCCGCCAGCGGACAGGCUCAACGUCCUCGGUGUGCCUCGUGAGUGCGGCCUGUUGAGCGAGAAGGAGCUGGAGAUCACAGAGCUGAGAAAUGUGGAUGCUCUGUUGGAGAAGCUGGCGAGUGGGGAGUGGACUAGCGUCGAGGUCACGACGGCAUUCUUGAAGAGGGCGAUUAUUGCCCAACAAGUGGUCAAUUGCCUCACGGAGAUCUUCAUUGACAAAGCGCUUGCUUGGGCCGCCUCGCUCGAUAAGCAGCUCAAGGAGACGGGCAGACCUGUUGGGCCGCUCCAUGGACUUCCUAUCAGUCUCAAGGACCAGUUCUGUAUCGAGGGAUUGGACUGUUGUAUGGGUUACGUCGCUUGGUGCAACAAGCCGAGCGAGAAGAACGCUGUGCUGGUCGACGUGCUGCUCAGUGCCGGUGCGGUACCGUUCAUCCGUACCAAUGUUCCUCAGACGUUAAUGUGGCCCGAGGCGUACAACGUCGUAUUCGGGCGGACGGUCAAUCCUGCUAAUAGGACUCUGACCUGUGGUGGGUCUAGCGGUGGAGAAGGUGCUCUCGUCGCUAUGGACGGGAGCCCACUUGGUGUUGGCACAGACAUCGGCGGCAGCGUGCGUAUCCCUUCAGGUCUGAACGGCCUCUUCGGCCUUCGCCCCUCCUUCAACCGUUUCCCCUACCAAGGCGCAGUAAACAGCGGCUACGGGCAAGAAGCUGUCCCCUCCGUCCUCGGGCCCAUCACAUCCUCCGUCUCCGGCCUCAAGGCAUUCACGAAAGCCGUGCUGAGCCAGGAGCCGUGGUUGUAUGACCCGCUGUGCGUGAGGAAGCCCUGGGAUGAAGAGGCAUAUAGGCUCAAAGAGCAUGGGGAGGGGAAGAAAAUGUGCUUUGGGUUCAUGUGGGAUGACGGGGUCGUUUUGCCCACCCCGCCGGUCAAGAGGGCGCUGGAGAUCGCAAAGGCCGCACUGGAAGCUGCCGGUCAUGAAGUGAUCGAGUGGAAGGGAAUUCAUCACUACGAGCUGGGCCAAACUGUCGUAUCGAUCUUCAACGCCGACGGGAACGACAACUGUGCAGACGUAUGCGAGGUCUCUGGAGAGCCUCUCCUGGACACGAUGGUGCCCGAAUUCCCUCUCGCAGAGCAGGAUGAGCGCCCCAUGACUGCUCACGACGGUGACGGGCCAAAGGGCCUCUUCGGCGAGUACGUACGCCUAAGCACGUACGAGCUCUGGCAGUUACAGUGGAGGAAGAGGGCGAUGCAGAAGGAUUAUCUUGAUCUUUGGGUCGGGACGAAGGGCGAGACGACGGGUCGGAAGAUGGACGCGAUCAUCAUGCCUAUGGCGCCGCAUCCUGCCCCGCCGCAUGGCAAGUAUAGCUAUGUUGGAUACACGAUGGUAUGGAACGUACUCGACAAUCCUGCUGCAAUCUUCCCGGUCACGACGGUUGACCUAGAGCUCGAUGUCCCGGUUGAGAAGCACGAAUUCCGGUAUGCAGAAGACAAGAAAGUCUACGAGCUCUACACAUCACCGGAAGUGUUCAAAGAUGCUCCGGUUAACUUGCAGUUGGUGGGAAUGAAAUUGGAGGAAGAGGCAGUCAUCGGCAUGGUAGAGAUGGUAUCAAAGAUUGUGGCUGAAUACACUAAGUGAUCAACGG